AAUCGGUGGGAGCGGCAGGUAGGCGACACUGUGCCGAUUGAAGGCCCUCGCCAUGUGGACCCGCCUCGUCACUCUCGCCUGCCUGGCCACCGGCCUGCUGGCGGCGCCGGAGCGUCCGGAGGCCGGUCUCAGCUGCCCGCGGUCCCAGGGGCUGUUCUCACACCCCACCGACUGCCACCUGUUCCUGCACUGCGACCAUGACCACCCCUACGUCAAAGAGUGCCCCGCCAACCUCCACUUCAACGCCAAGCUGAUGGUGUGCGACUGGCCCGAGAACGCCGGCUGCACGGGGGGCGCGCCCACCGACCCGCCGCCGCCUGACACCGACCCCGAGCCGGGCAUGGAGUGCGACUGCGAGUGCUGUCUGGAGCCCAACGCCGACGACUGCACCACCUACUACAUCUGCAAGGAUGGCAAAGCCUGGAAGGCUUCCUGUGCCCAAGGUCUGGUGUUCAACCCCAACAUUGAUAACUGCGAUCUGGCUUCCAACUACAAGUGUGAAGUGAAAUCCACUACGCCCAAGCCGGUCACUACGAAGGCUCCGACAACCCCGAAGCCGACCACCACCACUACCACCACCACUACCACCACCACCACUACCACCGUCGCACCCAAGCCCGACUUCGACUGUCCGACCAGCAACGGACUCUUCCCCAAUCCUGCCGACUGCCACACCUUCUACCACUGCUCCAACGGACACGCCUACCUGAAGGAUUGUCCCGCCAACCUCGAGUUCAACCCUACCCUGCUGGUCUGCGACUGGCCCGAGAAUGCCGGCUGCAACGGAAAGCCGACUGCUUCGCCACAGCCGCCUGCUCCUACCAAUCCUACUCCUUCAGAUUUCGACUGCCCAACCAGCAACGGACUGUUCCCCAAUCCCCUGGACUGUCAUACCUUCUACCACUGUUCCAACGGCUACUCUUACCUGAAGGACUGCCCAGCUAAUCUGGAGUUCAAUCCGAAACUUCUGGUCUGUGACUGGCCCAAGGACGCUGGAUGUUCCGUCCAGCCUACUUCUUCGCCCAAGCCUAAAUCUACCACUCCCUCCGGUUUCGAUUGUCCGACUAGCAAUGGACUCUUCCCCAAUCCUACCGACUGCCAUACCUUCUAUCACUGCUCCAACGGACACGCCUACCUGAAGGACUGUCCCGCCAACCUCGAGUUCAACCCUACCCUGCUGGUCUGUGACUGGCCCGAGAAUUCCGGGUGUAACGGAAAGCCGACUACUUCGCCACAGCCUGCUCCUACCAAUCCUACUCCUUCAGAUUUCGACUGCCCAACCAGCAACGGACUGUUCCCCAAUCCCCUGGACUGUCAUACCUUCUACCACUGUUCCAACGGCUACUCUUACCUGAAGGACUGCCCAGCUAAUCUGGAGUUCAAUCCGAAACUUCUGGUCUGUGACUGGCCCAAGGACGCUGGAUGUUCCGUCCAGCCUACUUCUUCGCCCAAGCCUAAAUCUACCACUCCCUCCGGUUUCGAUUGUCCGACUAGCAAUGGCCUCUUCCCCAAUCCUACCGACUGCCGCUCCUUCUACCAGUGCUCCAACGGACAUGCGUACCUGAUGAGCUGUCCCGCCAACCUUGAGUUUAACCCUACGCUGCUGGUUUGCGACUGGCCAGAACAUGCCGGCUGUGGUGGAAAGACGACCUUGAAGCCCACGACGGCAAAGCCCACAACGCCCAAGCCAGGUCCGGACUUUGAUUGUCCCAGCGAUGGCCUCUUCCCCAAUCCUGCCGACUGCCACACCUUCUACCACUGCUCCAACGGACACGCCUACCUGAAGGAUUGUCCCGCCAACCUCGAGUUCAACCCUAACCUGCUGGUCUGCGACUGGCCCGAUAAUGCUGGCUGUGGUGGAAAGACGACGGUUCCUCCGAAGCCGACUUCAGGUCCCACGCCGAAGCCCACGCCAAACCCUGACAUCAUUUGCCCGAACGAGACUUGUGUCUGCAGGGUUCCGGACUCCUCCGACUGCAACAAGUACUACCAGUGCAAGGACGGCAAGGCCUACCCCGACUCCUGCCCUGCCGGCCUGGUCUUCAACCCCGCCACCGAGGUGUGCGACUUGGCUGAAAACGUGCCGGGCUGCAAGCCCACCACCCCGCGACCGACGACUCGGAGACCCACCACGAAGCCACCGGCUCCCGCGCCGACACAGCCAUCUCCGUCUGACUCCGACUGUCCGACCGACAACGGACUCUUCCCCAACCCCGCCGACUGCCACACCUUCUACCACUGCUCCAACGGACACGCCUAUCUGAAGGACUGUCCCGCCAACCUGGAGUUCAAUCCCACACUGUUGGUCUGCGACUGGCCUGAGGAUGCCGGCUGCGGUGGAAAACCCACGCCUUCUCCGAAGCCGACGUCCAGUCCCACGCCGAAGCCCACGCCGAACCCUGAUGUCAUCUGCCCGAACGACACGUGCGCCUGCAGGGUUCCGGACUCCACUGACUGUAACAAGUUCUAUCAGUGCAAGGACGGCAAGGCCUUCCCCGACUCCUGCCCUGCCGGCCUGGUCUUCAACCCCGCAACCGAGGUGUGCGACUUCGCUGAAAAUGUGCCAGCUUGCAGACCCACCGCCCCAAGCCCCACCACUCCGAAGCCCACCACUCCGAAACCCACGACCCCCAAGCCCACCACAAAACCCACCCCCAAGCCGACCAAGCCCCCUAAGCCCGAUUCAGAGAGCAGCGAAGAGUCCGGCAGUGGAUCCGACAGCAGCGACAGUGACAGCGACGAGAGCGGAUCCAAGUCGAAGCACAGUGGAUCCAAGUCCAAGCACAGUGGAUCCAAAUCCAAGCACAGCGGAUCCAAAUCCAAGAAGAGCGGGUCCAAGUCCAAGCAUAGUGGGUCCAAGUCCAAGCAUAGUGGGUCGAAGUCGAAGCACAGCGGCUCGAAGUCGAAGCACAGCGGCUCGAAAUCGAAGCACCACGACUCCAAGUCGAAGCACCACGACUCCAAGUCGAAGCACAGUGGUUCCAAGUCGCAGCACCCCAAGCGCUCGGCCGAACCGGUGCAGUCGUCGGCGCCGGCGAACUCUCGCCUGUACCGCAACCCGGACCAGGGCCGGAUCGAGGACGACGACGGAUUCCUGGAGGCGCAGUUCUGCCCGCGACCGACGGGCAAGUUCCCGUCCAGCCGGUGCCACUACUACUACCACUGCGUCGACGGCGUGCCCACGCUGAAGCGCUGUCUCCACGGCACGCGCUUCUACGCGCCCGACCAGCGCUGCAUCCUGGGAUCCUGCUGAGCUCGAGCGGAGUCGCUGCCCUGCCGUUCGGUGUAAAUGCCAGAAUAUCAAACUUACUACAGUUUUGACCCCUCUAAGACUGAUCCCCGCUACUUUGCUAUGUAUUUUCCGAGAUGGAUGUUACAGCCUUUCACCUCGCCUUUCAUUUCUUUCACCAUUCUGCAGUGUAAGUUGUGUCUUUGUUGAUGAACUGCUUUGCUGAUCCAUUUGUUGUUGAAUAUAUUAGCGAUGCGCAUG